GCUCCGUCAAACCGUAUCGGUUUGACCGCGACCGGACCCGGCUCGCCGUCCCCCGGCGCCUCUCCUCGCUGAAAGGACGAGCGGGCGAGUAAAGCGGCGGAGAGAGAGAGAGAGGGCGAAUAAGAGAGGGCAAAACGGGGUCCGGCGGCAACCGAAGAGAGCAAAACGAUGACCGGCGGCUUUCUGAGGAGCGGCGGCCGGCGAGCCCACCAGCUUCUCCUCCACCACUCCCGGCCUUCCCUCGCUGACGCUCUCUCCAAGCACUCGCCGUCGAAACCCUACGUUCGGUCCCGCCUUAUCUCGUCUAAGUUUAAGGAGUCCUCGUCCCAAUUCUCCCCCGCUUCUCCUUCCCUCUUCUCCUCAUCUUAUUCCGUUCCCUCUGCCUCGGCCGCUUCUUCCUUCUCCCGGAAUGGGUUCGUGAGCUGGUAUUUGGGAAUGAUCGAAGCCCGCCCGGUUCUCACGAAGAGCCUCACCGCAGGGGCGAUUUUUAUUGCUGCGGAUGUCUCUUCUCAGAUGAUCACACUCCCACCCUCUGAUUCUCUUGAUCUAGUAAGAACCUUGCGUAUGGCUGGUUAUGGAGCACUAGUUUUGGGACCCUCAUUGCAUUUAUGGUUCAAUUUUGUGUCAAGGAUACUGCCAAAACGAGAUGUACUAACUACUUUUAAGAAGAUAUUUCUUGGGCAAACUACAUAUGGGCCUAUAAUGACAACAGUUUUCUUCUCAAUAAAUGCAGGAUUACAAGGUGAAACUGGUGCUGAAAUUAUUGCCAGAUUGAAGAGAGACCUGAUCCCUACAUGUCAAAGAGGGCUUGUAUACUGGCCCAUAUGUGAUUUCAUCACUUUCAAAUUCAUCCCUGUUCGUCUACAGCCCCUGGUAAGCAACUCAUUCUCAUUUCUUUGGACCAUCUACAUCACAUACAUGGCAAGUUUGCAGAAGGCAAGUGUCCAGAGGAUCUCAACUGACUGACUCAGUGCUAUAUAUUUUUCGUCAUUUACGCACUUUCAUUUUUCCACAAAUUGCCAGAAUUUUGCCCAGAAAUAUGGUAUUGACAAGCAGGGUGGAUUAGAUCCUUUAUUUUGUGUGCACCUCGAAAAAAAAUGGAUGUAUUUCAUAGCUUGGAGGGUUUUAGAUAGACUUGAUUAUUCUUGCUAUAGUUCUGUAGGAAAGUGCUUGAGCAUUGUAAAACCUGUCUACAAAACCAAUUAAAAUGUUAAUUAACUGGCUUGGAGCAUUUUUUAUCAAGAUUAGAUUUGUUUUUGUUA